AUGGAGACCAUGAAUAGUAGGGAACAAGAACUUACGAGAAGUUCUUCACGAUGGAACCCGUAUAUCAAAAUUUCACAUAUCGGUCUACGUGUUAUAGCCAUCGGAUUUGCAACGACUUCGAUUGCCACAAUGCUAGCUAGCCAUCAAGAAAUAUAUCUUGAUGACCAUGUAGUUGUAGCGAAAGCUCACUAUACUUAUUCGUCUGCGUUGUGGUACAAAAUGAUAGUAGAUGCAGUAAUCGGUGUUUACUCUCUUGUUUCGUUGAUCGUGGUUCACAGGAAAAUCAUAAGCUUCGAUAGAGAAGCCAAAUUAUCGUUUUAUUUUUAUUUGAUGCUUAUUGAUGCGGUGAUGAUGGCUUUGAUGCUCUCUGGAUCUGCUGCGGCUACUGGUGUUGGAUUUGUGGCUUUAUUCGGGGUGGAAAAGCCAGGGAUUAGCUGGGCUCCGAUAUGUAGUCUAGCACGAAAAUUCUGUGAGAUGGCAACCGUUUCCGUUGUAUCUUCUUAUGUUGCAUUCGGUUGUAUGGCUCUCCUUAUGCUCAUCUCAGCUUGCAAGCUCAAACUACAUACAACACAAUAAAUGAUUGUUAUAAGUACAUAUUUGGACUAAAUGUAAAUUUAUUUCAUGU